AAAAAAUGCUCAAGGCUGCAAAUAUACUUGAAAAUACGCUUGAAGGAAUAAUACCUCAAUGGAAUUAGACACGCAAACAAAUAAUCAGACAGUGCUUUAUUGCUAUCAUUCUGUUAAUAUUUCAUGUAUCAAACAUGUUCGGCCAUUCAUUGUCUCUGUGAUCCUCUAUCUUCUAGCAUCAGUUGCAGCAAUGCUUACAUUUUGUGGAAACCUGGUGGUGAUCAUUUCUAUUUCUCAUUUUAAGCAGCUUCACACACCAACUAAUAUACUUGUUCUUUCACUUGCUGUGGCAGAUUUUUUAGUGGGAAUUCUUAUUAUGCCAUUCAUGGUUAUACGGUCAGUUGAAUCCUGCUGGUAUUUUGGAGACAUAAUUUGUUCUGUAUAUACUAAUGUACUUUUUGUAUUAACUGAGGUUUCCAUCCUAAAUUUAGUAAUUAUUGCCAUUGAUCGAUAUGUUGCUUUGUGUGAUCCAUUACUUUAUUCAACAAAAAUUACUGUUGGUGUAGCUUCCUUGUCUGUGUCAAUUGUCUGGCUAGUAUCUCUGAUCUAUUCUUGCUCUGUGUUGUUUUCUGAUGUAAAUACAAAAGAAACCAUAGGAUCAAAUCGCUGUCCAGGAGAUUGUGUACUAAUACUAAGCAAAAUAUGGGGUACUGUGGAUAUACUAUUUUCAUUUAUUUUCCCAGCCUUUAUAAUGAUUACUUUAUACACAAAAAUAUUUGUGGUUGCAAGAAGGCAUAUAAGAGCAAUUUCAAUGCAGCAAAAGGAUUCAGGGAAUCAAACUAAAACAAGGUUAAUCAAGAAAUCUGAAAGAAAGGCAGCAAAAACUUUAGCCAUAGUAGUAGUUGUCUUUAUUCUGUGCUGGUUACCAUAUUAUAUUUACACCAUACUAAAUCAGUUUAUAACCUUUCCUGUGCCUCCUGCGAUAACAGGUGGAUUUUUAUGGUUAGCUUACUUAAAUUCUGGUUUGAAUCCCAUAAUUUAUGCUUUGUUUUACCCAUGGUUCAGAAAAUCACUUGAACAAAUUCUUACAUUAAAUAUCUUCCUUCCAGGAUCAUCUCUAAUAAGUUUGAUACCAGAAAAUUAAAUUAUUGUAGGUUACCAACUAAGUGAUAGUGUACUGCCAUAUUUAUUUUCUGAAACAAUUAAAUCAUUUGCAUUAAAUCGUUUUACAUUUCAUUGGUAAAUAACUUAAAAUCGAACUUUGAAUCAUGUUAAGGGUUAAAUUAAUCAAA